AUGGAGUCGGGUCUGAAGCACUUGUCCAAUGCGCUCGCCACCCCAAACCAGCUCUCAAAUUCGUCAUCGUCAAUUGAUGGUGUGCCUCCCGAGCUAGAAACCUCAAUUCGCUGUGCGGGGGCACAACUCACCCAGGCCGCCGGUGUCCUGCUGGGAUUGUCACAAGAUAUCAUUGCCCAGGCGAUAGUACUUUUUACACGCUUUUGGCUAGGAGCUGAUGGAGGAAGCUUGCGUAUAUACGCCGCCAAGGACGUCUCCGCUUCAGCACUCUACCUGGCCGCCAAGCUAUCCUUUCAACCCACCUCUCCUCGCUCCGUUAUCAACGUGUACACAUUUCUACUCUCGCCAGAUGCUUCACCGCUGUGGUUCGUAAACCCGCGAGGCGCACCCGAUGAACCCCCAGCGCCAGAGACCUACAUACUUACGGAAGGCGGAUACCAGUCUGCCCGGUCGACGCUCCUUCGCAUCGAGUCGGUCAUCCUACGAGCUCUAGGCUUUGAUACCCACGUUGCCCUCCCACACGCCAUUGCCUUGACCUACCUCCAAACAUUGGGCGCGACGAAGCCAAGCGUCUCCCGGCGAGUUAUACAGCACCUCAACACCGCGUUACUUUCUCCUCAACUGCUCUAUGUGACGCAUCAACCCAAUGCCCUGGCCGUGGCAGCUAUUUAUCUCGCAGCACGGGAGCAAGGUGUGAAGUUAGUUGAUACUGAGUGGUGGGAAGUGUUUGACGUAGACCGGGAGGAGCUGGGUUUCUUGGUUGUGGGCAUGCAAAGCACAGAGGGAUUCAUGCGGGCUGAAAAAGGGCGGUGGGAGAAUAAGACCAUCCCUUUAGUGGUUGAUACCGUGGAGGCAGAAAUCGAAAAAGGAAGAAUGCUGGGAGAGGGCGAAUGA